AUGCCCGCCGCCCGCGCUCGCGCUCGCGCGCGCCGGCGUGGCGACCGUCCCCGCUCCCCCACCCCUAUUUCAGACUCGGACUUGGACGACCUCGACUUUUACGACGAUGCCAUGGAGCUUCUCGAUGUGGACAUGGUCGACCGCGGUUACAUGUUUGACCAGCUCUUAGAUGGCUGGGAAAACCAAGCCUUCGCUCCUGAAGCCAACGGUGCUGCCGACAAAGGCGCAAGAUCGGAAUCUGACGACUCGGACAUCCAGGUCUUAGAGGAGGCACCCGAGCAUCUGCGCCCUGCCAUUCCUUCGUCCCCCAUUGUGGUGUCGAGCGACGAUGAAGAUGAUGACGACGAGCUUCUACUACAGCGUCCAUCUAAGCGGUCGGCGAGCAACAGCUUUGAGUUACUAGACUCGCCACCCAAGAGCAAGCAGCGUGUCCACGAACGUGAUGACCAGCCCGUCGCUGGACCCUCCAACGCAUCCGACACAAUCGUCACAGACGUCGAGUAUCUCGUUCCUGUGGUCCUCGAAGUCAUCCCUGACGCAUGCCCCAUCUGGGUGCGCGACAACCUCAAACGCAUUGUUGAGACACUGAAGAACCGAAUGGUGACCCCUGGGCAGGCCGCUGUCGACCACGUCAUCAACGCCGCUCUCGAAAUGGAGCAAUACCCACGUGUGGGAGAUGCGGACAAGGCGGUAGUGAAAGAGAAGGAAAAGGGUGACUUCAAGGACCCCAAAUAUCGUGCACACGCGCGGGAGGGUCUCCAGUACUACGCGAACAUCCGUUAUGCGUGGAGUUCACAUGGCAAUUUCCAGCUCGUCACGACUUACCUCUACCUCCACGGCCUAUCGACAGUGGCCGACAAACCUUACCAUGAGCUGAAGAGGCGUCGGGGAGUCAAGGGCAAGUCGCGCGCCGAGAUGCCAGAGGAGAGCUCGAGCAGCUCCUUCAGCCAGGACAAUGAGGGCGGCCUUGCCGAGUUCUACCUCGAGUAUGCGUUCCUCAAGAAGUUGAUGGCGAACGCUGCCGAGAAGGAGCAGAAGGAGGCGGCUGCCGCUGCUGCGAAAGAGAAACAAGAGACAGACCAUGUCGAACGCCGCAAGCAGGCAGUUGCCGAGGGGCGAAGCAGAGAGUGCGGUUGCUGCUUCGACGAGGAGGCACUGGAGGACUUGGUCGCGUGCCCCGAGGGCCACAUGUUUUGCCGCCAAUGCGUGACCUCCCUAGCCGAGAACAAGCUGGGCGAGCAGCUGACCAAUAUCACUUGCAUGGACAUUUCGCAAUGCGACGCGGCGUUCACCGAUGCAGUGCUGGCUGAUGUGUGCGGCGAGAAGACCAUGUCCCUUUACCAUCGCCUGCGCCAGAUAAAGGACCUCGAGAUGGCUGCCAUCGACGGCCUCGAGAGCUGUCCGUCCUGCCCGUUCGCUAUGGUCAUCGAAAACCCCGACGAGAAACUGUUCCGGUGCUUCAACCCAGACUGCAACAAGGUGACAUGUCGCAAGUGCAAGCGCCCCGACCACAUUCCCAAGCGCUGCGAGGAGGUCGAGGAAAACUUCAAGCUCGACAAGCGCCACGCGAUCGAGGAGGCGAUGAGCGCCGCGCUCAUGCGGCGUUGUCCAAAGUGUGACAAGCCGUACCUCAAGGAGUCGGGGUGUAACAAGAUUACUAAGGCGAUCCCCGAGGACUACGCACACUUUGACCAAAUGCCCGGCCGCGUUGGCAAGAAGCCCAACAAGUGCCAACUCUGGGAUACAGGCAACGAGAACCAGGCCGAGGCCGACAGGAUUCUCAACGCGCGCGAUGAGGCUCUGAAAGCCGCCCGGGAGGCCGCGGUGGACAGCGGCCUCGACCUAAACGACGCGGACCUCCAUGUCGAUGCACCUGCUGCAGCACCGCAGGCGCCGGGGCCGUUGGGAGCUGGCCGCUUUGCUUACCUGCCGGGGAUGGGUGGCUUGGACGCACCUGCAGAUGCCCAGCACAUCAUCAACUGCGCACGAGUGUUAGGGAAUGCUCGCCGCCGGCUCCAAGAGUUACAGCCCCCUGAGCAUCGCGACCAUCCUCAGGACAUCAUCGGCCUCGGCCGCAUGCUGGCCAACCACGAAAACGCCCUGAACGCACACCAGGCUGCGGUCGUCGCUCACGGUGACCAUUUGAUGCACCGUAUUGCUCGCUUAGCGCCGCCCAUGGCGUUUGAGGGCCUCCCACCUGGGCUGCCCCAACCGGUUCUUCCCCCACCUCUGGAACCCCUCCCACCCUGGCCUCCUGGGCUGCCCCAACCGGUUCUUCCCCCACCUCUGGAACCCGUCCCACCCUGGCCUCCUGGCGUUGACUUUGGUGGGGUCGGCUACCGCGUGGACCAGCGCGCCCUAGCCGCGCAGAUCGCUGCCAUGCCUCCGCCCAGGCCGGCGCCGCCGGCACCUCCUGCCCCGCUUGCAGCUUGGCCUGCGGCACUCCCAUUUCCCCCGCACUUCGACGCUGGCGAGGCUCAUCGGCUGCGAGCACGUCGCGUGGCGGUGGAGGUACGCGACGCACAGGUGCGCGCUUUGCUCGCCAUGCAGCGGGCGCGCGACGCACAGCAGCGCGACGCACAGCUGCGCGCCUUGCUCGCCAUGCAGAGGGCGCGCUUAGUCGACGACCAGAACGGUGAUAUCGCCGGCUUGGCCCGGCUCCCUCCACUCGCGCCGGCAGGUGGAGGGGCUGCCGCUGUUCAACCUCCAUAUCAGGUUCGAGAGCAGGUGUGCCAAGAAGCGGAACGUCGCGCGCUGUUUCUGCCCGAUUCCGACGACGACGAACCACUUGCGCCCAUCAAUGAGCGGGUCCUGCGGCGUCAGCCUGAACAGGCGCCACAUGCCGAUGUGGCACAGGCACAUGUGGCGCGGGCAGAUGAGCUUAUAGCUCUUUUCAACCGCCGUCGCGACCGCGCCAACCGCCCUGGCAACGCCGGCCGCCCCGACCACGACUGA